GCUAAAUAUAGUCUUACAACAUGCGCGCGAAGGCGUGUUCAUGUUUAUUUUGUGAAUAGUUUCUGAAAUUCAAUUCAUGCUCAUACCUUCGGAGGAACUUCGUUUUUAAUUUACAAAUACAUUUUAUGGUUUUCAUGAACUGCUGCAGGCUAUUGUGAAAUCGUUUAACCAAGUUUUAGAAACUUUCAAAAUGAAGUUUAACUAUAAAUUUAGUAAUUUACUUGGAACUGUGUAUAGAAAAGGCAAUGUUAUAUUUUCUCAAGAUGGUAAUUGUGUCAUCAGUCCCGUUGGUAACAGAAUAACUAUUUAUAAUCUAAAACAGAAUAAAAGCAAUACACUACCAGUUGAAAGUCACUUUAAUUACACUACUAUAGAUGUCUCACCAAAUGGGUCAGUUUUAUUGGCGGUUAAUGAAAAGGGUGAGGCACAGAUGAUAAGUUUGUUGACCUGCACAGUGGUACAUCGUUACAAGUUCAGGCAACAAGUGAAUGCUGUCAAGUUUAGUCCUGAUGGCAAGUACUUUGCUGCGUGUUGUGAUGACACAGUGUUUAUAAUGACAGCGCCAAGCACAUUCACCGGUGAAUUCAGAUCCUUUGUCAUGAAGCGCGUGUUCAAGAAGUCCAACGAUGAAGUCACCUGCCUCGACUGGUCUACUUGCUCCAGAUUACUUGCAGUUGGCUCCAAAGACACUACAACCAAAAUCUACACAGUGGACUAUUUGGACAACAUCAGUAUGUACUCAUUGAGCGGGCAUACAGAUAAGAUUGUUGGAGUUUUCUUUGAGAAGAAAAGUUUGGAUCUAAUCACAGUUAGCAGAAAUGGACAGGUGUGUCUCUGGGAAGCCAAUUUGGAUUCGGAUGAUCUCGUGAUGUCAUCUGUUCAGAUCUCCCGGAGGAAAAGGCGGAAAUUACAGGAAAGGGAGGAAAGCGACGACGAUAUUGAUGAGAAGAACGUCAUUGAAAAGGAUAAGGAAUACGAAAGUGAAGAAGAAGCUGCCGUUGCAGAAGCUGCGAAAUCAGAAGACGACAAGCGUCUGCUGUACAAGAAACUGGGCAGACAUUACAUAGGCGAUGCGAUUCGUAACGCGCAUCAUAAAGUCAGACUGACCGCGGUGGAGUACCACAAGAAUACUAAGAUGCUGGUCACUGGUUUCUCAAACGGCAUAUUCUUCCUGCACGAGAUGCCGGACGUGAAUCUGAUCCACACGUUGAGCGUGUCGGAACAUAGAAUCAGCAGUAUUGCUGUCUCGUCGCCCGGAGAUUGGAUCGCGUUCGCGUGUCCCAACAUUGGGCAACUGCUGGUGUGGGAGUGGCAGAGUGAACAAUAUGUGAUGAAGCAACAGGGCCAUUCCCUUGAGAUGACAUGUUUGGCUUAUUCACCAGACGGCCUAUACAUAAUUACAGGCGGACAUGACGGCAAAGUGAAAGUGUGGAAUACGAGCAGUGGAUUCUGUAUCGUAACGUUCAGCGAACACACGGCGGCGGUCACUAGUCUAAUGUUCAGUCAGAACAAGAAAUUCUUCAUAUCUUCCUCGCUAGAUGGCACUGUGCGCUGCUAUGAUUUGACUAGAUACCGCAACUUCCGCACACUGACGUCGCCCAGCCUGGUGCAGUUCGGCUGCGCCGCGCUGGACGCCAGCGGCGAACUCUGUGCCGCGGGAGGACAAGAUGUCUUCUCUAUUUACCUCUGGUCCGUCAAGUUUGGGAAACUCUUGGAUGUACUAGGCGGUCAUGAAGCGCCAGUAUCGUGCGUGGCAUUCAGUCCCACCUUGGCGAGUUCCCGCUUGGCGUCGUCAAGCUGGGACAAGUCAGUGCGGCUGUGGAACUGCAUAGACAGCAGUGCGGACUGUGAGACUGUGCAACUGAACGCCGACGGGCUGCAAGUGGUCUUCAGGCCCGAUGGGGAAGAGAUAGCAGUAUCGACUUUAGACGGUAAUAUAAGUUUUUUCAACGUGACGACAUGCGAACAGACUGGAAGUAUCGAGGGCCGCAGCGACCUGGGCGCCGGCCGGGCGGACGCCGACCUCGUCUCCGCUGAGAAGAUGCUCAAAACUAAGGCAUUCACAACAAUUUGCUACUCGGCCGACGGGUCCUGUAUAUUGGGCGGCGGUAACUCCAAACACGUGUGUUUGUACAGCGUCAAAGAAUCUAUAUUGAUCAAAAAGUUUGUCAUCACUCAGAAUAGAUCUCUGGAUGCGGUUGAUGACUUUACAAACCGUCGAGUGGUGUCGGAGUUCGGCAACAUGGCGCUGGUGGAGGAGAGGACGGAGCUGGAGGGCGGGGAGGCGCGCGUGCGGGUGUCGGCCGCGCGCGCGGGGGACGCGGUCGCGCGCGCGCUCAAGCCUGAGGUGCGUGUGUUCAGCAUCAGGUUCUCGCCGACCGGAGAAAGCUUCGCGGCGGCGGGCUCCGAGGGGCUGCUGCUGUACUCGCAGGGCGCGCCCAUCGACGGCACUUUUAGACCGUAUCGCCUAGAAGAAGGAUCAACGCCGCACGCAGUAAGACAGCUAUUGGUGGAGAAAUCCUGGGGAAAGGCUCUGAUUGGCGCUCUGCAGUUGAAUGAACACGUGAUCAUACAGCAGUGCGUGGAAGCUGUUCCUCCUGGAGACAUUGAACUAACAGUAUCGAGUCUAGAAGAUGACUACGUGGAUCGUUUGUUAAGCACUAUAGCCAGACUAUUAGAAGACAGCAGACACGUGGAACAUCUGCUGCUGUGGGUGAAAGCUGUGGUCUCAGUGAAACGAAGGAAAUUCCCCGCCAGUGUGCUGCUCGCGUUGGAGAAAGCGCUCACUGUCAAAUAUUCCCAAUUGAGUAAAAUAUGCGAUUUCAACAAAUACACAAUCAGGUGUAUAAAAGCGGUGGGUGAAAUGACUCCGAAGCAAGAGUUGGGAGCGAUGGACACCAGCGACAACGAGUCAAGCGGACGAGGCACUGCGUCCGAUUCUGAUUAAUUAAUAAAAAAAUUAUUCAACAAAAAAUUUUAUUUCUUG